AUGGGGGCUGAAGAGAAAAGGAAUGGAGCAGCCAUGGCCCGAGACCAAGAUGCUCGCUUAUGGGAGAAGGAACUAAAACAGGCCGAAAAGGACACCCAGAAACUCAAUCAGCAAAUCCAAUCGAAAAAGGAUCUGAAACCAAAGCUAGACACUGCUUCAGUACUGCUACGUGAUUUGAAAGUUGACUUAACUGUUUAUAGGGAAUCUAAGUUCAAUUUGGAAAAUAAUGGACACUCCACUGAUGAGUCACAGACACCAGAGAAAAGAACUCGCACUGAGAUACCAGCUGCUGUUACCUUAGCAAAGAAGGAACUUGAAGAGGUGAAGCUCAAAAUAUUAAACGCAACUGCAGAAGUGGAUUCUUUGAAGGUGCUUGCUGCUUCAUUAAAAUCGGAGCUUGAAAAGGAAGAGUCUGCUAUUGCCACCAUUAAGCAAACAGAAGGCAUGUCAGUUGAUGUUGCUUCUCUGAAAGAUGAUCCAGAUAACACCGAGUCAAAAAUAGCUUCAGUGCAGAUGAAUGAAAAAAAGGCCAGAGAUAAAAUGGUGGAAGUGCCCAAGCAACUGCAGCAGGCAACACAAGAGGCUCUUGACGCCACAACACUUGCUCAAAUGGCUCAUGCAGUAGUUAUUUCCUUAGAGGAGUACAAUGACCUCAGAAAACGUGCAUAUGAGGCGGAGGAACAGGCCAACAUGAGGGUGUCAGCUUUCGCUUCUCAAGUAGAGGCAGCUAAGCAAUCCCAGUCGAGUAGCUUGGAAAAGUUGGAACAAGUAAAGAGAGAGAUGGCUGAAAGAAAGGAACAACUAAAAAUUGCUUCGGUGAAGGCUGAGAAGGCCGCGGAAGAGAAAUUAGGUGUAGAGCAGGAAUUGAGACGAUGGAGGUCUGAACAUGAGCAGCAGAGAAAGACUUCUAAAUCCUGCCGCAGUGUAGAACCUCGAUGGGCAAGUUUUGAUGGAACAAAUCAAAGGAAGAACCUGGAUCAAAUAUUUCUCCUUGCAGCACUCUAG